AUGAGGGGAGGCAAGUUCCAGCAGAAGGUGGUGGAGGAUGGCAGCACGCGGAACGCGGAAUCUCUUUUCGAGACGCGUUCUAUCGCGGAUAUCGUGGCGAUCGAGGCGCGCACGAGGAAGGAGGUGGAGGAGAAGAAGGAGGAGCUUCGACAGCUGGUCGGCGCGAGCUACCGCCACCUUAUCGAAUCCGCGGAUUCGAUCCUCGACAUGCGAAGGUCAUGUGAAGCGGUGGUGCGCAACGUUGCAGCCAUGGAGUCGGAUUUUGCUCUGCUGCACAAGACAAUCUCCACCACCGCCACCACCACUCCUGCUGCUGAUGCCAAGCGCAAGAGGAAGGAAGCACUGUAUGCUCUGGGCAGCCGAGUCAAAUACCUGGUGGAUACACCCGAGAAGAUUUGGGGGUGUCUGGACGAGCGAAUGUUCCUGGAAGCUGCGCAGCGGUUCAUGCGCGCGUGGGAGGUGCACCAGCUGCUGUCGCCCUCCCCAGCUGAUGGAGUAGCAGCAGGGGGGGGAGGUUGGCAGGCGCAGCAGCAGCAGCAGGGGUUGAUGGCGUCGUUUCCCCUGCUGCGGCACCAGUGGCCGCUUGUGGAGACGUUUCGUACUCAGAUCGUUGAGAGGAGCAGGGAGUGUCUGCACGAUGCAUCCCGCAUUCCAGCAGCCGGGGUGGGAGAGUAUGCAGCAGCACUGGCAGCAGUGGCGGUGAUGGAAGAGCUCUCGUCUCACGACCUCCUCGCUCUCUUCCUCGAUGCCCGUAGGGCGUGCCUGCGCUCCCAGCUCGCCUCUGCCUCUUCAGCUCUGGGCGCUGGGGGAAGUUUUGCUGAUGCGCUAGCCUCACUGCUCAGCCAACUGGUUGCAAUGAUUCAGCUCACGCUGUGCCAGACGGGGCAACUCUUUCUGGAAGUUUCCUCGGCUGAAAGAGCAGUGCUGCUGGGGGUGCUGCUGCAGGGAGCACCGCAGGCGCAGCUGUUUGGCGGCAUCCCGCACCCCGACAGGGAGCUGGCUCUCUGGCACCAACACAGGGACGCUCUGGAAGCAAGGCUCCCGUCCCUCAGCAGCAAGGAGGUGGCAGAGGCGUGUCAAAACUGGCUCAAGGCGUGCGCUGCUGACAUUGCUGCCGAAUCCAGGAACCUCCUCAGCAGGGUCACCCAGAUCCGCCACCUGGCGCAAGCAGAGGCCGCCACGCGCGCAGCGAUCGCCAACAAGGACAUCUUCUCCGCCAGCCUGGACUGGCUAACGUCAGCCUUCGGGUCUCCCCCUGACUCCCCCUGGAGGGCCCUCUGCGAGCUGCUGUUAAAAGAGCCUAAGGACCUAUGGAGCGAGUUAUUUGAGGCCGCGUUCGCACUUAGGGCGCGGGAGAUUAUUGAUGGGGCGCUGCUGGCAAGCAGGCUCGGGGACCUGCAGAAGCAGCAGCAGCAGGCAGAGGAGGAGACAGAGCAGGCUGAGAAGAAGGAGACUGGGGACGGGAGAGGAGCAGGAGAGAACAGCAGUGCCGAGAACAGCUCUGAAAGUGCGGCAGCAACAGCAGUAGGGGAACGAGCAGGAAACGGGUCAGGAGGUGCGGAUGAGAGAUCACGAUCCAACGGUCCAGAUUCAGCGAAUGCUGCUGGGAGGUUAGCCGCGCAAGUUGCGGUCGAACAGGCUCUUCUGAUUGGCCGGCUGGCGGCUGCUGUAGCGCAGAGAGGAGUGGGAGGGGGUUCGGGCAGGAGGGGUGGGAGGAGGGUGACGGAUCUUGCUGCUGUUACGGCGAGAUCAGCUGAAUUCGCCCGACUGCAUGAGAUUCAGAGGGAGUUACGGCGGCUGAGCAUUCUCGCGCACUCCCACUGGGUGACCCACAGCACUCAACUGCUCGCCUCGGCUUUCCGCCGCAAUCUCAUGCGCGACCCAGCUCUCACCACCGUCACUCCCCUCAAGGGCUGGGAGGAGACAGUGGUACAGCAGGAGGGGGAGGAGGGAGAGGCCAAGGUGGAGAUGCGAAUGACCCUCCCGGCCUCCCCCUCGCCCUACGUGGCAUCGCUGCUCUUUGCUACCUCAGCUGAUGUGCACCGUGUGGGCUGCCACUCCCUCGACCGCCUGGUUCUCCGCCUGUUCGCCUGGGAGCUCUCAGAGCAGGUCCUGGAUGCCUAUGAAUCUGUUGCAAGUGCUAAACGCGCAUCAGAGAAGGGAGUGCUGCAGCUGCUCUUUGAUGCUCGCCUGCUCUACCUGCCCUUCCUGUGGCAGAACCAGCAGCGCUUCUACCUGCGCUCAGCAGUGCUCUUCGGCCAUCUCGCUCAGCUGAACCGCCUCUACACCGAUGCUGCCCCGCGCCAUCCCUACGCCACAGACGCCAACACACUCGAUACUGCUCCCACUGUUCCGCGUUUCACCUUCCUGCCUAUAAGCUCGCCGCUUCUGGCCAAUGACGGGCUGGCACCUGGCGGUAAACCCCGCCGUCCAUCCACCUUUGGAGACGUCUCGCUAUCCGUUUCUGGUUCCAGCAGCAGCAGUGGCGCUCCAGUUUCCCGUGUGCCUAGUGGGGCAGGUGGAGGGGCGGUUGCAGCAGCAGGAAGUGGUGGUGGGUUUGGAGGGGUGGGAAGCGGUGCGUGGGGAGAGGAUGGGGCUCUUGGAGGAGCUUUCUCGUUUGCGGAUUCAACAGGGCUUUCUGCUACACCCAUUUUCAAGUCCCUUAUGGGUCAGGUCAAGCUGGGGUCGAUCCUCGGCGACGGAAGUCAAGUCACGCGCAACAUUUCCAAUCUACAGGAAAUGUUCAACCAGCCGUCGCAGGCAGCCGGGCUGUUCUCGUCGCUUACAAGUGCCGCUGCAGGCAGCUCUUCUCGCCUUCAAGAGUUGUUUUAA